CCCGUGUACAUUGACACCUAUGUAUAUUUUCCAACAGUUUUACACGACACUGCCACACACACACACACACACCGCUCACUCACACCCAGCGCAAGCAACCCAGAGAUAGACGGGGGUGGCCGAGCUCGUUUCUGACAAAGACAGCCACCCAGCACACACACACACACACACACACAAGCCAUGUCGAGGGCACCGAAGCUCCCCAGCUUCAUCGCCAGCCAUUUGCAGGGCGCAAACGUGCCCCCUGGCGCAAGCAAGGAGUUUUGUAACCUGAUCAAGGCGAUUGGCGAGAGUGGAACCAACCAUGAAGAGACACGCAUCAUCGCCAAGGAGGCAAAAGUGUUGGAAGAGCGACUGCGCCAACCCAACAUCACAAAGAAACAAAUGAAAGAGUACCUGAUUCGUUUGUUGUACUGCGAGAUGUUGGGGAAGGAGGUUUCGUUCGGAUACAUCCACGCCGUGAAAUUCACCCAGCACUCCUCCCUCCUGGAGAAGCGCGUGGGCUACCUGGCCGUGAGCUUGCUUCUUCACGAGGACCACGAGCUCAUCUACCUCCUCGUCAACACCAUCCAACGCGAUCUCCAGUCCACCAACAUUGUCGAAAUCUGCAUGGCUCUUACCGUGGUGUGCAAGCUGAUCAACGCAGAAAUGAUCCCAGCUGUCCUGCAAUACGUUGUGCCAGCGCUCGGCCACUCCCGUGAGAUUGUCAGGAAGAAGGCUGUCCUCGCACUGCACCGCUUCUACCAACGUUCCCCAAGCAGCAUCACACACCUCAUGCCAAAGAUUCGCCGCGCCCUCUACGACCAGGAUCCUGGUGUGAUGGCAGCAUCGCUCAACCUGUUUUACGACAUGAUUGUGGACGACGCCAGCAAGAACAAGGACCUCGUCCCCAGUUUUGUGUCUGUCCUGAAGCAGGUCGUUGAGCACCGGCUGCCCAAGGACUUUGACUAUCACAAAGUGCCUGCGCCUUGGAUGCAGAUCAAGCUUCUCAAGAUCCUGGCCCUGCUUGGCAAGGACGACCGCGCUGCCUCCGAGUCCAUGUACGAGGUGCUUCGCGAUUGUCUCCGCCGCGCAGACAUCCAGAGCAGCGCCGCAUACGCUGUGCUAUACCAGUGUGUGCUAACAUGCACCCAGAUUUACCCAAGCUCACAGCUGGUUGAGCUGGCUGCAAAGAGUGUUGGCCGCUUCCUGCGCACGGACAACAACAACCUCAAGUACCUCGGCAUCACCGCGCUGGCCUCUGUUGUUUCCGUGAACCCGUCGUAUGCGUCACCACACAAGGCGCUUGUGAUUGAGUGCCUGGAUGAUCCCGACGAGACCCUGAAGCGGAAAACGCUCGAUCUCCUCUGCAAGAUGACAAACCCUGCAAACGUCAAAGUCAUUGUCGAAAAGCUCCUUGGGUAUCUGAAAUCCACGGUGGACACAUACCUCCGCAAGGAUCUCGUCCCGCGCAUCAUCGAGCUGGCGGAGCGCUAUGCACCAGACAAUGUCUGGUAUGUCGAGACGAUCAACACGCUGUUCCAGACUGCCGGUGACUUGGUGCAUGACCGCAUUGCGCACAACCUGAUGCGGCUGAUCGCGGAGGGCACAGAGGACGAUGAGCUGGAUGCUGAGCUGCGCGUGUUUGCCACGGAGAGCUACAUUGAGCUGCUUGAAGAGCCCUCUUUGCCCGACGUCCUUGUGCAGACCAUGGCGUGGGUCGUCGGCGAGUACGCGUAUUUGGCUGAGGACUAUGACCAGGAGAUUGUGCUGCAGCUCGUCUGUGACCUGCUCAACCGCACGUACGAUGACGAGGCCACCACCAAAGGCUGGAUCAUCACCGCCAUUGCCAAGCUCGUUGCCCAGACGGGUCUGUUUCCCAACGCCGUGCGCGACCAGCUGCAAGUUUGGCUGUCCAGCGUGUCCAGUGACAUCCAGCAGCGCUGCGCCGAGGUGCUCGCGCUGGUGCAGAACGGAAGCCUCAUGCGCGAGGUGCUGCCCAUUGACGCCAGCUGUGAGGACAUUGAGGUUGACGAGGACUUGUCCUUCCUCGACUCGGUCGUCCAGACCGCGCUGCAGAACGGCGCCCGUCCCUAUGAGGCGCACGACAUCAACAUUCGCAAGGAGCAGCCCGCCCACACCACAGAGAGCACCAACGUGGCGUCCACCUUCAACUUUGAGCCGUACGAGGCGCCGCAAGACCCGGACCAGGCAUCCUCGUCUGCGGCCUUCAACCAGUCCAUCUUCUCCAACGCGCAAGCUGAUCCGGUGUUGUCGCAGCUGCCCAGCCACCGCGGCGCAGGCGAUGCCUCCAGCACAGGCACGGGCAGAACAACCCCCACGGAUGCGUCAUCCACAGCUGCCAAGCCCUCGGCUGCCUCAGCACUGCAGGUCAAGGCCCGAAGAUGGGGGCGUGGUGGUGAUUUGGUCAAGAAACAACAGCAGCAGGCGGCCCAGGAGCAACCAUCGACCACAGAGGCAGCCGAAGGCGCCAGCCACCAGCAGCAACAACAACAACAGGAAGACCAGCAGCAACAGCAGCGACAAGAGGAAGAGGAUCGGCGACGCCGCGAGGAGGAGGCAGCAGCCAAGCGCCAGGCCCAGCAGCGUGCUGCGUCACGACCCAUGGACGAGGAGAAGCGGCAACUGGCGGACUCCAUCUUCGUCUCUGCAGACAAUGCACCCGUGUCGCCGCGCACCGCAAGGAGGUCGAGGGCGAAGAAAAGCCGGGCCGCGCGUGGCGCCAGGAGACGUGAUGGCGGUGCCAGCACGGCAGCCAGGUCGGCAGCUCCCGUAGGCGACCUCCUGUCAUUGGAUGAUGAGCCACAGCAGCAGCAGCAGCAGCCAUCUGCUGGUGAUGACUUGAUGGGGUUGGAUCUUUUGGGUGAUUCCCAACCCGCAGUCACGUCGACAACCACAGCGUCCCAUGCCCAACAGCAGGACGCAGCCGGCGACCUGCUCGGCGACUUUUUUGGGUCAUCAACAACAACAACUGCGCCCAGUGCCACCACGAGCUCGUCGCCUCCCCCGCCAUCAUACGACAACUUCAUGUCCAGCAGCUUGCCUGUUUCUAACGCUCAAGAGCAGCAGCAGCAGCAGACAUCCGGCCAGGAUUUGUUGGGCGGGCUGGAUGAUGAUUUUGGCCUGGGCGGCCUGAGCAUGUCCUCCUCCUCAUCCCAGCAGCAACAGCCACAGUACGCCAGCUCGAGCACCAACGGUGGUGGCGGCGGCAUGGAUCUGCUGUCCCUUGGCGGAUUUGGCGAGUCAUCGACCGAUUCGACUGGUGGCGGUGAUGGAGGCCUGCUCAUGCCGAGCAACUCGGCAGAGGCCACGACCAGCGCAUCCACGGCGGGCGGCGAUGGUGCCGAGGACGGCAUUCCCGGCACGCUGCUGGUGAAGGACGACAACUUUGUUGUGUCGUACGUGAAGGAGCAGGCCGAUGACUGCGUGCACGUGGAUGUGCAUGUGAAGAACAUGACGAGCCACGUGUCGUCGGGGCUUGUGACGAAGCUCGACGGCUCACGCGGGCUCGACCGUGUUGACGCACACAAGUUGGAGACCAAGUUUGGCAUGAAGACGAGCGCCGGCGGCAGCGCCACUCAGCGUACGUCGUGGAUUGCAGCGAGCAUUAGUGCUGGCAUGUCCAUCCAGGGGCAGACGACGUAUCUGCAAGGCGGUGCGACGCGCACGCUGCGCUUCAAGAUUCCGCUGAGUCCGCCCGACUUUUUGCGCCCAUUGUCGCUCAGCACGGAGGAGUUUGGUGCCAUGUGGCAGUCGCAGUGCACGGCCGAGCGUGCGCAGAUGAUUACGUCCUCCCCUGUGACAACGGUGGACGACCUCUCGUCGAGUGCGCUUGAGACACUGCACCUCUCGACUGUUGCCAUCAUUGGUGCCGAAGUCAUUAUGGCCGGACAGCUGCUUAACAAUUCGGACCGCGUGUGCCUGAUUCACUGGCGUGUCGACGCACCUACGCUGCAUGCUGCCGUUCGCACCAAGUCCAUGCCAUUUACGGAGGCUGUGCUGCAAGUGGUUGUGUCAUCCUUCCGGUCGUGAUACCGGUGUUGGGUGGUCAUUGACUGCGUCGUCGGACUCGCUCGACUGCAAGCGUCUCGCUGGCCCCAUCAUGGCUGUGUCAGUGUCAAGUUAGGAAAGAUGAUGUGCUGUUUGUCGGCUUACAUGUGACGCGUGGUGUCUCCUCUCCUUCCCCCCCCCUUCCUCCUUUCCUCCUUUCCCCCCUCGUUAUUCUCCUUGUUCUUUUCUGUUCCCUUGCCCCUGUCCUGCGUUCCUUAGUGUCGCCAUGUUCAUACCCCCCCCCCCUCUCUCUCUCUCCCUCCUCGCUCAGC